AUGCUGCUCUCUUGGGACCCCAAUCUUGAGCAAAACAUCCCGAACAAGAUCCCUACCGAGACGGGCAUGACAACCGCCCAAUUUAUGUCAUAUUUCAUCUUCUGCUUGAUCAGUCUGCCAGCCUUACUCAUCCGGGUUCAUCGUAUCCAGAAGUUCUUCUACGUUACUAGCACGAUCACUCUGACAUUCUUCAUGGUCUUGUUGAUCUGGGCUCUGGCUACCAUGGGACCUGAGGGCUUCGGCAAUACUCUCAACUCUGACACCUCAAUCCCGGUAUCCGGAUCGCCCUAUAGCACCACCUGGCUGAUGAUAUACGGCAUCAUGUCAACCAUCGGUUCCAUUGCGGCGGGUAUACUCAAUCAGAAUGACUACGCUAGGUUCGCUGCGCGCUCUAGCCAUGCCAUCUGGGGACAGGCUUUGGCCUUCCCUAUGUACAGCAUCUUCGCCUCCGUGAUCGGCAUCCUCGUUACCGCAGCCACACAAAACCGUCUGGGCGAACCUAUCUGGAAUCCGCCCACCCUGUUCAUUCGCUUGCUUGUUACCAAUAACAGCGCGGGAACAAGAGCUGCAGUGUUUUUUGCUGGACUCGCCUUGGCUAUAUCUCAAUUGGGAAGCAACCUUCCAGGCAAUGCGCUCUCCGGAGGUUUGGAUUUGGCAUCUGUCUUUCCGAAGUACAUCAACCUCCGCCGAUGUGCAUACAUUAUUGCUAUUCUGAGUCCGGUCGUCAAUCCUUGGCGCCUUGUGAACACGGCUACAACUUUCUUGACUGUCCUCUCCGGCUAUAGUGUCUUCCUUGCCCCCAUGACGGGCAUCAUGGCUAGCCAUUAUGUCUUUGUCGGCAGAUCCAAAGUCAACGUCGAUGACCUCUACAUUGGCGAUAGCAGCAGUGUCUACUGGUACACUAAGGGGAUCAAUUGGCGUGCUCCUCUCGCGGUGACCGCUUUGAACCUAUCAAUCAUUGUCAGUGACGGCGCGGUCGAACUGUACUAUAUGAACUACCUCUACGGAUUCUUGUCCAGCGCAUUGGUGUACUUCCUGCUCCAUUGGGCUGUACCCGAUAAGAAGUUGGAUAAUUUUGUCAAGAGCAGUCUCUCUGCUCAUGAGCUGCAACGGCUGUAUGAUGGCCGUUGGCAGGUGACUAUGGGUCAGAUGCCAGAGAACUGUGAUGAAGGUGUUUCGGAACAACAUGACUCGGCGAAGGCUGCUUUUUAG